GGCUCUGGCAAAACAACGCUGCUGAACAUUCUUGCUGGAAGGUUGCUUGCUCAGGAAGGUGAAAUCUUACUCAAUGGGAAACAGUUGGACAGAAAGCUGAAGAAGAAAAUCUGCUAUGUACUGCAAGAAGAUAUUUUUUUUGCAAAUCUCACUCUUCGAGAAACUCUUACGGUAAAAAAGUGAUCAUUUUUGUUGAUUAAGUUUAUUAUGGGUAUGUCAAAAUUCUUUAGGGACCAGCUCUUCUUUUCAUUAAUUAGUAAGUUUGUUUGCAAGAGAGGAUCGAGCUUAAUAUUUUAAUGUUUUCCAUGCUUACCGGUAGAUCCUUUUUUGUUGUACUAUUACAUGUAUGUUAGUGCAGAAUCCAGAUAGCUCAUUCCUGCUGUGAGGGAAAUUUAUUUUACAAUGAAAAGAAAAAAGAAUCAAUUGGUUGUCAAUUCAUGAACUUUAGUGUGAGAAUUCUUUAAAAAAGCUACAGUUACUGUAGUUACAUUACUGAUGGUGAUGGUUUAGAUGCAAAAAUUACUUUAUAAUCUAUUUUUACACUUGAAUAACUUUUUACAACCAAUUCAAUUUAUAUUUUAGUUUUCAGCAAUGCUUCGCCUACCAGAUACUUUGUCAAAGGCUGACAAGUUACAAAAGGUAUGUUUUUGGAAUAAAGAAUAAACAUUUUACAAGUCUUUUAAAUAAACUGGAUAAUGGAAACAGCUAUACUGCCUUGCACAAUAUUCUCUCCUGGUUUUGCAAGGCCAUGCAGGGCAAGAAAUACAUGUAUGUGGCUUUGGUUCACUGUUUACUAUACUGGGACCAGUUGCUAGACUUAAUGGCUAAUGUCUCAGCCAAAUCCCUUUUUUAAUACCAGAAGUUAGCAUGUCUGACAUUAGUUGUAGCAACUAGUGCCUGAAUUACUCAGCAGAGCUUGCAUAAAGCCAGUCUGUCGUUGAAGUGGUCUAGUUCUCAAAAUGCCAGCUUUUCAAUAGUUUAACAAUCUCUUUCAAGUUACUGUAAACUUCAAAUUAUUACCCCCCCUCCAUUUACAGGUAUAAGCCCCCCCCCCCCAAAUAUAAGCCCAUCUUCUUGUAAACAAAAAAUACAUCUGGUUAUAAGUCCCCUGCCCCACCUCCCCCCAAUGUACAUUGUAAGCCCCCCUCUAGCUUGUAUUGAAAUGGAUUUAGACUUUUUAUGGCAUUUUGAAGCUUAAAAGGCACUGCUGAUGUAGCAUGCUUUGGAACACAUUUUUAGUCUGGUUACAAGCCCCUCCCCCUCCCCCACCCAUCCAUUUAUAAGCCCUCCUAGAACCCCUCAUGAAAAUUGUUUAAGCCCAUGGCUUAAAUUCGGAAGUUUACGGUAUAUGACUUUGUUUCAGUAAAACGUGUUACCAUAAUAAUUAUUGUAAACCUGGUGAUAACAUUAUGUUCUGCCAGCUUCUUAAGAAGCAUUCUUCUAGGGAACUGUGUCAAAAAAUUAUAGGAAUUACAAAAUUAAUAUUAAUCUUUUUUGCAUUCAGGUUGACCAAAUUGUUGACAACUUAGAUGUCAGAAAAUGCUUGGAUACAAGUGAGUACACACAGAUAGGUCCUGUGAUUGAGUGCAUAAAAUAUUGGUUAAUUUAUUGUGAUGAACUUCUAGUAAAGUCAUAUUGUGCAAAAAAAGGUCUAAUUUUACAUGCGUGUGAUUUCUUUGCUUGGAGAGUAUUCCCUACUUUCGCGGACAACAAGAAAAUUUCAGGAGCUGAACAAUCAUGAUAAUUACAUAGCAAAAUACCCUUACAUUGCAAUUUGGCAUUUUUGUAUGUUAUUUUGUUGGACAAUACAUGUCUUGUAGAUUAUGCUACUGGAUGUGUUUGAGAUCAAUAUUGUGGUUGAAAAUGGCACCAUCAGAUGAUAAUAAUUUUAAUCAUCAGAAGCUCCGCAUAGAAAUUUUUUUGAUGUUAUGGCGUAUUCUCUGUCCAAAAGAAAUUACUUUCCUAUUGUUAGCCCACAAAUUGUGGAGGUUGCAUGUGGAGUUUGAUUGUGUGAACUAGUCUUGGUCUUUGUUAGUAACUGUACUUUGUUAAUGUUGUAGAAAUUGGAAGCCCUUUUGAGCGUGGAUUAUCUGGAGGUAUGUGAUCAACUUUCUUAGAAUGACUGCUACGUCAGUAUCUUGAUGAUAUGACAGUGUUCUUCAAAGAAGUCAAUAAACAUGUUUCCCAGUUCUGAAAAUACGAGAAGUAGAAAACAAACUUAAAGUUAAUCAGUGAAUAAAAGUAAUUUCCUCCUACUUGGGGUCUUAUUUGCUCGGUGUUGUUUUUUUUAUGAUGAUAACAUGACAUGUAUGAAAUUUAAUGACGUGAAAAUUUAUUCAUACACUAUACAUCUGUGCUUUGUGUCUAAUUGAAAUUUUCUUUUUAAUGCUGUUUUUUAGGGGAGAAAAAGCGUGCUAACAUUGGUUGUGAGCUGAUAACCAACCCUUCCUUGAUCUUCCUUGAUGUAAGUUGAGAAAAUAAGUUAAAUGAAAUAAAGAACACAUAAUCAUUAAUGGUAUACACAAAAUGUAAAUGUAUGUACAUGUAGCUGCGUAAGUUCCAUGAUUACAAUAUAUCUUAUGCACGAUUACAUUUUGCAUACAUGACUUGUACGUAUGUAUAAGGACAAGUUCAUUCCAGAAAGAUAGUUUGUUCUAGUCAUAAAUUACAUAUAUACCUGUAAAAGGCUAUAUACAUGUAUAAUCUUUAGGUGUUAGUAGUUACCCCUCUUUAAGCUUUCGAAGUUCAUCUUUUCCCAGUGAAAAUUAUCCUCUGUGGAUUGUAAUAAUUCACUGAUGUGGGUUGCAAAACAUUGAGAAUCAUUAACACAGUCUAGCCCUACAGAGCAGUUUUCACUAAAAAAUGCUGUAUACUGAGCACAUUCAUUUAGUAAUGCAUCUUUUUUCAUGUCUGGUUGUCAUUCAGGUGUUUUGACUAUCCUGUCAUUAAAUUACCUUUUUCCUUUCAAUUUUGCCAUCUUUUUAAUGCAAUACGCCAUCUGCUCUGUUUUUUAGGGCUCCUUGCCAUGAUAUAUUAUUAUUCAAUUUUUCCUGAGCCUGCAAAAGCAUUGAAUAAUGCUAGUGUCCGUGAUGUUUUUUUCUGGCAGACUGCUUAAUAUAGACGGUAGGAAAAUACGGACACUAUGUCCCUCCCAUAUCCAUUUAUCUGGGUUGGACCACUGUAAUUACAGUGUAAAAUAAUGUCUUUCUACUCAUGUUACAAUAGGAGCCAACAUCUGGGUUAGAUUCCAGCAAUGCAUUAAACCUGGUAAAGACUUUGAAGAAUUAUGCCGCCAGAGAAAAAAAGACAGUUGUAACUACAAUUCAUCAGCCAUCAAGUCAGAUCUUCUAUAUGUUUGACAAGCUUCUAUUGCUCUGCGGAGGACAGGUAAUAAUAAACAAAUGCAAAUUCUCGAGACAAAAACAUUAUAAGCAUACAAAGAUCUUGAAAGGGAGCUGUGUUAUGAAAUAAUCAAAAUUUAAACAUUGGGAACAGUACCAAAUUUAGUGAAACAUCAAAAUAACUGACUAAAAAAAUAUUAUAAAACGGUAUAAAUAACACAGCAAAUAGAUGGACAAAUUUGAGGAAGAUUGAAAUGGAUUGCAAUUGUGGGUUUUGAAAACUUACAGUGCACUAGCCUAACAGUUUGUCAAAGUUCAUUUUUGUUGUUUUAACAUUUGAACACUUGUAAUAAGCAUUAUAAAUGAAAAUUUAUAAACUAGCCAGCCGGCCAUGACAGCCCAUUUAAACUGCAUAAUUAUGCUUAAAUGCUUAAUAACUGAUCCAAAAUUGUAAUGUGUACAAAAUGUAGAUCAGGGCAAAUUAAUUUUCGAGUUAUUUUGAAAGUGCGCGUACCUGUUGGGCUCAUAUUAGUAUUUUAAUUGUGCUUUAUCAGAGUUGUGACUGAUGUUUUAUUCCUUGUUUGUGUUUGUUAUCAGGUGGCUUUUUAUGGAAAAGCCAGUCGAGUUCUUAAUUUUUUUGAGAGUGUUGGUCUGGUAUGUGAUGCCCACUUCAACCCUGCCGACUUUAUAUGUAAGUACUGUUUAUACACUGAAAAUAUUGUAUUUAAGCUGUAAAUGUGCAAGAAGAAUGGAAAAUAGCCAAAUUGAUUGAUUUUCCCUGGUGGCAAAUCACCAGCCUGUGAACAGCCAAUCCCUCCCCUCAAAUGGGGACGACUGUACAGAGGCUACGAACCACUCACAUGAAUCUCACUGUCACUGCUAAAAAGUAGUCCUGUACUCUGAUCCUGCCAGCUACUUUAUACAUCUACAAUAUGUCUAUUCUAUUUAACAAACUUGGCUUUAUCAACUCAGUCGAUACAGAUUUGCUCUGACAAAGGGCAGAUGCUUGAAACAUCAGCUGUCCAACCACCCCCCUCCCCCCUUCCCAUCCCUACGGUGACCAAUCUACCUACCUCAGUUAAUAAAACCCAAUUUUUAACCUCUACGCACUUGACUUGCAAACAACAUUUUGGGCAGUUUUGUUCCUUUUGGUGGGAUAGUGGCCAGAAAACAGCUCGAUCAGUAGCUUCAAAUGAUAAUUAUUUUGCGGCAAAAUUUCCCAGGUGAAUGGAUAAAUGGUGAAGGAGUGUACAAAAUAAUGGUGGAAGGCAUUCAUUAAUAUAUGCAUUAAAUUGAAUAUUGUUUUUUAAAAAAUUGUUUUCAGUGGAGAAGGUGACGGAAGGAGAGAAAAUUCAAGAAAUGAUUGUGAAAGGUUGGGCUGAGAGGUAAGUCCUUAACAUGCGGCACUAGAACCUGCAACCCGGUAAAUGUGGUCAAUGCAAUCAGAAUGUACUUUGAGAUAUCACAAUUAGGAGACAGUGUUGUUCAGCAGAGGUUUGAAAUCCACUUUUGAAGGACUCGGCAAUGAAGUCGAACUCAAGAACUCACACAUGGCUUCCGUUAUACACAUUCUCAAGACAUUAUAGACUCUUCUCAGCUAGAGAACAGUAACUUUGCCUUUUGAUAUACCUCAUGCAAUCAAUCAUCUGUGUAACUGCUGCCAUCUUCUUAAGCUCAGUACAAUGUAAGAGAUGCUCAGCGGCCGUUUACGAGAAAUUCUUAUGAGAGGGCUUUGACUGGGAAAAUUUUGGUGUUUUGGAUAGGUGGUUGUUUAUGGGAGGUGGUCCCUUACGAGAGGGGGGCACACUUGGAGGUUCAACAGUAUUUAUUUAUUUAUUUUUGCCCUUUUCAGGCGAGAAAAAAGCAAGCGAGAGGCGGGCAUGUGGUGCAAAACAUGCGCCAAGGGAUCACCGCCUCGCGCUUGCCUGUGCUCCUCUUAAAAACACAAUCAAGUAAAAUGACAUAAAAAGAAAGAAAAUAAGGGCUAAUUUGUAGGCUAAAAUCUCUUUCUUUAUGCAAUGUAUGUUUAUUAAAAUAAUUUCUUUUCAUGUUCAGAAAAAGGAGGCAUCAAAAAUACUUAGCAUCGUCUUCUCCAAGUCAUGAAGUUUCAAGACUUGACACUCCAAGCCCUAACCCUGAAAAAUCCAGUGAAAAAGAUGCAGACACCACUGAGAAGGCACCUUUGGAUAAAACUAAUCUGAAAGUUGGAAGUACACAAGACAUUUCAGAAAAAUCAGCAGAAACAGAACAGGCCAUUACACAAGAUAAUCACAGUAAAUCAAGUUCGUCAUCGGAGUCACUUUAUUCUAAGGUUGAUUCCCCAAGAGAUAUUAGCAGCACAGAGCCUUCACGUGACAUAGAAAAUGCCCUGAUCCCUAAUGGAAAUGUCGAAUCUGAAGCUAACCAAAGCUCUGUUCCUCUCAUUCAAAACCCCAAAGCGUCUUCUUCAAAAACAUCCUGGAAAGGUUUCAAAAGAUCGCUGAGUAAACUAUCAGACGAUGGCCCUAAGCCGGUACACACUGAAGCACGUGUGUCAUCUGCGGACUUUAAUGUCGCUGUUGUCACUUACAAGCGUAGCACAUCACAGGAUUACACUAAGAUUGAUGUUCAUGAUCAUGAUGAUGAAGUAGAUCAUUCCGCUCUUUACACUGAUAUUUCUACAUCAUGGGCCACAAGUUUCUGGACGCAGUUCUCUGUUCUACUUGUGCGCACAUUCAAACAGUCCAAGCCAGAUAUUCUUUCCAAGCUGAAUUUUGUACAGGUGAGAAGAGAUAGUUGCACACAACAAAACUAGUGCCUCAGCUGGCUUUGUAUGUGCGAUUAAAACCCAUCAGAUGCCUAAUAUUGAAAUCCUAAUAAUUUAUGAAUUCCUAUUUUGUUUCUAAUAGAGCACGCUUUUAGCUAUUAUAGCUGGGGUCAUCUGGUUCCAGGUACCUUACAAAGAGGAGAGUAUCCGGGAUAGAUAUUCAUUGGUAUGUGGUUUUCUCUUAUUUGUUUGUGCUUGCUUUGCUUUGUUUUGUUUUUUCGCACUUUGGUAGUAGUACUCGUAAGAGAUAAUUUCAUUUUCAAAGUUUAUAGUGUUUGGGGUGGGAUGGCGUGUGUGUACAUUGGCGAUAAGUUACACUCAGACUAAGUAUAGUUUGUUAAAACAACAGGUUCUCACCAAUCCAAAAUGUCAAUUUUUAACUCAUCUUAGGGUCGGUUUAUGUGGCGGUGGGAUACCCCAGGUAUGCGAGGUAACUGGCCUGUCCAUAUAAUCUCUCAUUUUAAUUUGAUUGCAUUUACAUGAUAGGUGGGGUGACCAUAUGAGAGAUUAUAUGGACAGGCGGGUUACCCCACCUGCACGUAUUUGGGUUACCUUUCCUUUGUGGGGUCCCCUACCCCCAUGUAAACAGGCCCUUAAACUUUUACCAUUGCCAAUUUAUUUACUAUUUUUGUCUAUUAAAUAUGAAUCGUAAGGAAAAAUCUUUUAUAAUCCAAAAACAGUGAAAUAUUUUUAUAGUUGAGGAUUCUUGUGUCAUAAAAUCAGCACUGACUUGUGAGUUUUGGUGAAUCACCUCCUGAACUCUGUCAGCGAAUGGUCUAAAUGUGUUUCCACCAUUAAUGGUCUGUUUUUUUGGCCUCCUUAUAGAUAUUCUUUAUUGUGGUUUACUGGAAUUUCACUCCACUGUUCCAAUCUCUUAUCUCAUGUAAGUUUACAAAACGUGUACAUGUAUAUCGCCGUUUGAAAUUGUUCAACGGCAGAUUUGUUGUUCAGAUGUGUUGGUACGCUGGGUAUUGUGAAGGUGGCCUUCCUACAUAAUGUAUAAAGUGUAGUCAGACAUGUGACUGUUCUUUCCAAGUUUUGCAGCAACAGUAUAAUAUAUUACACAUGUUCAUUCAGUUUAUUUUCCCCACGUCAUGUCUUCCUUACCCGUGAAGGUCUGUCUACUUGCCUAAGUUUCCUUGAAAAGUGCUAGUAAAGUUUUGCUUGACAUUGAGGUUGUUAUCCUGGGAAGCAGAACUGUGAACUGUUCUGUCCAUUUAUGUGGGUAUCCUGUGGUUAUUAAUAACGUCAUCAUAGUGAUAUUGAUGAGAAAAUUAGCCACAAACUCAAGUUUCAAAAAUAGUGUAUAAUUAAGGAAAACAAAAUGUCGAUCUAGUUUUCAUACUUUUCUCCCAUUUACCUGUACUUUUUGUUUUUAAUGAUUUUCAGUUCCAAAUGAACGGACAGUGGUUAAUAAAGAAAGAGCCGCUGGCUAUUACAGGCUGUCUGCGUACUAUUUAGCCAAGCUCUUCAGUGAGUUACCGCUGGUUAUUUUCAUGCCCACGUUGUUCUUAACCGUUGUGUAUUGGAUGGCGGGACUGAACAGAAGCGAGGCUUUCCUGUUAUCUCUCCUUCUUCUCUUAUUAACCGCCAUUGCAGGACAGGUAUAUGCAGUGAUGUUUAUCCUUAAUAAAAUUAAUGAUUUGGAAGAAGGAGAAUUGUAACACCAGAAAAUUCAGAAAAAAUUUCGAGAUCUUGAGAAUCGAACUCACGACCCUCCGAGUUCUAGUUCGGAUGCUCUUACGUACCAUAGACCUACUGGAAGCUCUAUGGCAAGCAGGGUCGAAAUUUAAUCAUAAUUACACCAGACAGCUGUUAUAAAGAAAUAGUCGUGUAAUUGUCAGUGAUUCAAUGUUUUAAGACACACACAAUCAAAAGUAAAACAAAAGUUGGGAUUGGGGAUAGUGGAUUGUGUGUAAUUGCGACUUUUGCUACAAAAAAAUAUAAAAGUGAAAUGAUGUGGCAUUUCAUUGAUAUUUGUAAUUAUAAUAAAUCAGUGAAUAAAUAGUGCGCUCACUCGUGAAAUAUUUUUCAACACGCGAAAAGAUAUUUCUAAUCUUCCCGCGGCCAUGAAAUAUCCUUUAUAUGUUAUCCUUAAUAAAUGAUUUGGAAGAAGGAGAAUUCUAACACAAGAGAACUCAGAAAAAAUUUCGAAAUCGUGAGAAUCGAACCAACGACCCACCGAGUUCUAGUUCGGAUGCUCUUACCACUGACCUACUGGAAGCUCUAUGGCAAGCAGGGUCAAAAUUUAAUCAUAAUUACACCAGCCAUGCAGACAGCUGUUAUCAUAAAUAGUCGUGUAAUUGUCAGUGAUUCAAUGUUUUAAGAGAGACACAAUCAAAAGUAAAACAAAAGUUGGGGUUGGGGAUGGUGGAUUGUGUAUAACUGCAACUUUUGCUGCAAAAAAAUAUAUAUAUAUAAAAGUGAAUCAUGUGGUAUUUCAUUGGUGUUUAUAAUUAUAAUAAAUAGUGCGCUCCCUCGUGAAAUAUUUUUCAAUACGCGAAGAGAUAUUUGUAAUCUCCGCGCGGCCAUGUAAUAUCCUUUAUAUAUUUCUCAUUUCUGUUGUUUCAUAGUCUGUAGGUCUGUGUAUUGGCGCUACUGUGAUGGACUUCAAGAAGUCAAUAGUUGUAGCAGCAGUGUAUGGUCUCAGCUGUAUGCUUUCGGGUGGAUUUUAUCAGCAGAACAUACCGCCUUGGUUAUCUUGGUUUCAGUACUUUGCUUACCUGUUUUAUUCUUAUGAUGCUCUUCUUUCAAUAGAGUUCUCUACUUCCCCAACGUUCAGGUGUGUAUAUUAGACUCUAAAGGAAUGGCCUGAUUUGCCGUUAGUUCCUUAUUUGGCUAGUCUGUGUGAUUUGCAUUUAAGGGGGAGGGGGAAGGGGAGAAUUGAAGCGCGCGAGAUCAUAAUGAUGAAUACGCGACGAAGGAAGAAGGAAGGGAACCUUUUGAAACCUUUCUUCCUUCCUCGCGCACCCUUUUUUCGCAGUGUUUGACAUUGCGAAUUUGUUUUGCAAAGCUUUUAAUCUUGUAAAUAAGGUGACUGAGUUCUUGGGAGUUUCAUACUGGUAAGUUCACUUUAAAAGUUGGCGUUUGAUAUAUCCUGACAAAGGAAAUUGCCUUUUGCAAAUUAAAAUUACCGCUUUUUUGCUUCUUGAAGAUUACAAAUGCCUAGUUCUGUAACAAUGUUGGUGAACCAUGGAGUAAAUUUCACGGAAAGGUACCGGAGAAUACGACGAAAGGUGGUGUUCAGCAAAAGCAACACAGAUUAUCAUUCGAUGCAAAUAUUUCUUCCUUUUCAUUGGCCGACAGCCCACCACGUGACCUGCAAAUAACUGCCUACAAAUAAUGGUCUGCUUGUACGCAAUGUCGUUUAACUUUGUUUGGCUGCGAAUAAUAUUCUGCUCAUGCGUAAAUAAAAACCACGCUUUCCUCCUUCUUGCGAUCGCUGCUGGGUGAAAAUGGCAUAUCGCUUCCAAUCCAUGACUUUAUUCAUUAAAAGUCAAACUCGGUGAUCGAAUGAUGAAACAAGUAUUGAACUUGGUCAUCGCAAAAUAUCGUGAUUUGCCGGUGUCUCGCAGAUCAAUUAUUUGCCUCAGCCAAAUAACUGAUCGCUGGCCACUUACAAAUCACGAUAUUUUGCUCAACCUCGUGCAAUAAUUGUUACUGAUUUGAUUCUUAAGAGACCGGAAAUUGCUGUCCUUGUGCUUCUGGGAACAUUCUUCACUUUUUACAAAAAAAAAUAAGUAUUAGGUGUCUUAAAAUUUAUCGUAAUUGAGUAUAAUAGACUAAGUGAUUUUGCCAAAAGUCCAGUUAAAUGGUUUCUAUUUUAACAAUGUCUGUCUCUUCUCUCUUUCCUGCCUUGUUUAGCUGUGCACCGCUGGAUUCGUCGUACGCGGGUUGUAGGAACAACGGUACCAUCAUCCAGGGCAGUGAAGUGCUGGAAAAACUGAACGUUUCCAGAACUGUGGGUGAGAAUAUUGCAGCACUCUUACUGUAUAUCGUCGUCUUCAGAGUGUUGACAUAUCUUGCUCUGCGGUUUCUGCACAAGCCAAAAUGA